GUACCCUAUAGUAGUUUGUACUAUAAUAAUUGUUGUAACCUUUUGCUGCGCCGUUGGGAAACCGAUCGUUUCUAAUUGCCGAUAACAGUGGGCCGCGGGCGGCGGCGGGAUUAUACGUUAUCGUUUUCAGCAGCAGCGUUGCUGUCACAACGAUAAAAUAUUAAAUAUAAACUUCCCGUGCGUAGGUAUAAACGGUAUAAUACUCGGCCGUAUAUCGUAGAGAGAUAAUGUAUUAUGAUGUUCUAACGAUGAAUAAUAAAAAAUUAUCGUAACCAAUUAUUAAGCGUUGCGAGCUCGGUGACCGGACGGAUGGCUGCCGACGAGUGACGAGUGCCUAUAUAGACGCGUCGUCGUUGAACGCGAUAUGCCGAUAUCGUAAACUAUUGCAGUGCACUUCAACUAUAAUAAUAAGCACGUUUCACACUGCGCGAUAUUCGGUUCGGUUCGGUUCCUCCUCUCGUCGCCCUCUCAUAUCGCCGCCGUUGGUCCGUUCAGUCAUCUUACGUUACAUAAUACAUCUAUGGUUCAGUUGUCGCCCGUCGUCGAGAUCGUCAUGCACGUCGUUUGCGACGACCCGAAAUCGCCGACUCACGCCUCCAAGCCGCCGGUCUUCAACCCUACGCCUGUCACCACACUCUAUCGACGUCCCGAAUUGACGAUGAAGUAGGUUGGUCAGACGGAUGUGAGCGGUCUCACCGCUACGGUUAGCUCGCUGUCUGCGAUUCUACCAUAGAACAUUGUCUACUAUGAAUUAGCCAACAAAUAGAGAAAGUUAUUUUAAAUUAACAGCAAUGAAAAGUGACAUUUUAUAUUUUAGCCGACCUGGCAUUAAAAAAAAUGCCAUUCUAACCUUUUGUAUCGGUGUAAUAUUUGGAAUAUUUUUUGCUUAUACUACAGUAACCAUUACUGAAUGCCAUUUUAAAAAUAUCAAAAUAUUUCCAUCAAAGUUUUCAUAUGAUUCGGUUAGAUACAGUGACCGUCAUUCACAUGGACAUGAUAAUGAAGGUUCAUUCAAUGAUUCACUUAUUAUGAAAGACCAUGGGGAAAAUGAGACAUUACACUUUCAUGAAGAUCUCGUAGCUCAAGAACUUAAAAAACGAAUUAGAGUUCUUUGUUGGAUCAUGACUAGUCCUAGUAAUCACAUUAAAAAAGCAAGACAUGUAAAAGCUACAUGGGGUAAACGUUGCAAUACAUUACUUUUUAUGAGUACUGUUAAAGAUAAAAGUUUACCUUCAAUUGCAUUACCAGUUAAAGAGGGUAGAGAUUCCCUUUGGGGUAAAACUAAAGAAGCAUUUAAGUACAUACAUAAACAUUAUAAUGAUUAUGAUUAUGUAUUGAAAGCUGAUGAUGACACGUAUGUUGUAGUAGAAAACUUGAGGUAUAUGUUAACUUCAUUUAACCCAAAAGAUCCAAUCUUCUUAGGUUGUAGGUUUAAACCCUAUGUUAAACAGGGAUACAUGAGUGGCGGUGCAGGUUAUUUGCUAAGCAAAGAAUCGGUUAAGAGGUUUGUUGAAAAAGCUAUACCUCAUAAACAAUGUCGGCAAGAUAAUGGUGGAGCCGAAGAUGUAGAAAUUGGUAUUUGUCUUCAAUUAGUUGGAGUAAGAGCUGAAGAUUCUCGAGAUAGUUUAGGUCGUGGACGUUUUUUUCCAUUUAUUCCAGAACACCAUCUUAUACCUGGGCAUACAGAUCCAAGUUUUUGGUACUGGAAAUAUAUUUACUAUCCAAUAGUAGAGGGCAUGGAUUGUUGUUCAGAUACCGCAAUUUCAUUCCAUUAUGUGAAUCCUAAUAAUAUGUAUGUUCUCGAAUAUCUAAUUUAUCAUUUACGACCAUUUGGAGUGACUCAGAAUAUUGAUAAAGCUACCGUAAACAAAAUUUACCCUAACAAAGAGAGCAAUGCUACAAAGACUGAUCAGCCAAUAAACAAAACACAACAUGUAUAAACUUGAAUUAAAACAAAGUUCUUAAAAUACUUUACUGUGUGAUUACAGUGUUGACUCUUAUAUUGUAUAUUAUUUAUGAUUAUAUUUAUACACAAACUAGAAUAAUUAGUUCCGUGCCAUUUCCAUGUUCUGUUUAUAUACAGAACAUCUUUACUAGUCAAUAACUUAUUGGCAAAUCCUAGUCAAUUUGCUCAUAAAGUUCUUAUUGAUGGAGCUUGAUUUCUUGAAAUUGUUCUUCUUAUUAUCUUAACAUUCUAAAUAAACAAAAUAAUAAAGUGAUGCACCAUAUUUAUUUA